UGAAGAGUGACCGGUCUAUGGGUCAACCUAUAUACUUUAGAGAGGGAGACUUUUCUACUGAACAAAGAAACCAACAGGAGAGAUCAGAGUCAGAGAUUCUCAGUGGUCAGUCUUCCCAGAGUCAUCAAACAGACCUGGCCUCCAUAUUCAGUUUGCUUGAAGAGAAAAUUAUGACAUUUGUGAAGAACGAGCUGAAGAUGUUCAAGAGGAUUCUUAGUCCAGAACUCCCAGAAGGCUUUGAGAGUCAGAAGCAGGAUAAGGAAGUGGUGGAUGCUGAAGAUGAGAAGCAGGAGAGCAGUGCCAGAGAGGGGGCUCUGAAGAUCACACUGCACAUCCUGAGGAAAAUGAACCAGAAGGAGCUUGCUGACACACUGGAGAAAUAUGAUCCUGCUGUGAUUUGCCAACGUGAACUCAAAUCUAAUCUAAAGAAGAAGUUUCAAUGUGUAUUUGAGGGGAUCGCUAAACAAGGAAACCCAACACUUCUCAAUAAGAUCUACACAGAGCUCUACAUCACAGAGGGUGGAACAGGAGAGGUCAAUAAUGAACAUGAGCUGAGACAGAUUGAGACAACAAUCAGGAAACAAGCAAGACCAGAGACUGCAAUCAAAUGUAACGACAUCUUCAAACCCUUAACUGGGCAAGACAAACGUAUCAGAACUGUGCUGACAAAGGGAGUCGCUGGCAUUGGAAAAACAGUCUCUGUGCAGAAGUUCAUUCUGGACUGGGCUGAAGGAAAAGCAAAUCAGGAUGUCCAAUUUGUAUUUUCAUUCCCUUUUCGGGAGCUGAAUUUGAUGAAAGGGGACAAACACACUUUCAUUGAGCUUCUCAAUCACUUCUCAAUGGAAACCAAACAAUCAGGAAUCUCCAUCUACAACAAGUACAAAGUUCUGUUCAUCUUUGAUGGUCUGGAUGAGUGCCGACUGCCCCUAGACUUCAAGAAUAACAAGAUCUGUUGUGACGUCACAGAGUCAACCUCCGUGGAUGUUCUGCUGACAAAUCUCAUCAGGGGAAAUCUGCUUCCCUCUGCUCUCCUCUGGAUAACUACCCGACCUGGAGCAGCCAAUACGAUCCCUUCAGUGUGUGUUGACCAGGUAACAGAGGUACGAGGAUUCAAUGACCCACAGAAGGAGGAGUACUUCAGGAAGAGAUUCAGUGAUGAGGACCUGGCCAGCAGAAUCAUCUCACACAUAAAGACAUCAAGGAGCCUCCACAUCAUGUGCCACAUUCCAGUCUUCUGUUGGAUUUCUGCAAUAGUCCUUGAACACAUGCUGGAACAUAAGAGAGAAGAGAUGCCCAAGACUCUGACUGAGAUGUACACACACCUUGUGGUGUUUCAUACCAAACAGAAGAAUGAAAAGUAUCUUGGGAAAGAAGAGACAGGUCCACACUGGAAUAAAGAGAGCAUUCUGUCACUGGGAAAACUGGCUUUUCAACAGCUUGUGAAGGGCAAUCUGAUUUUCUAUGAAGAAGACCUGAAAGAGGCUGGCAUUGAUGUCAGUGAAGCCUCAGUGUACUCAGGAUUGUGCACACAGCUCUUUAAAGAGGAAUGUGUGCUGUACCAGGACAAGGUGUACUGCUUUGUUCAUCUGAGCAUUCAGGAGUUUCUGGCUGCUGUAUAUGUGUUCCUCACAUUCAUCAACAACAAUGAGAAUCUAAUUGACAAACUGCAAUCAACGUCCAGGAACUUUUCUGUGAGGAUCAAACAAAGGCGUAAAGUUACUUUCUACAAGAGUGCUGUGGAUAAAUCUUUACAAAGUGAGACGGGAAACCUGGACCUUUUCCUCCGCUUCCUACUGGGCCUCUCACUGGAGUCCAAUCAGAAGCACUUACAAGGUCUAAUGACAAAGACAAGAAGCAGCUCACAGAGCCAUGAAGAAACAGUCAGGUACAUCAAGGAGAAGAUCAGGGAGAAUCCCUCUCCAGAGAGGAGCAUCAAUCUGUUCCACUGUCUGAAUGAACUGAAUGACCAUUCUCUAGUGGAGGAGAUCCAAAGCUACCUGAGAUCAGGAAGUCUCUCAGAACCCAACCUGUCACCUGCACAGUGGUCAGCUCUGGUCUUUGUGUUGCUGACUUCAGAAAAGGAGCUGGAUGUGUUUGACCUGAAGAAAUACUCCAGAUCAGAGGAAGGUCUUCUGAGGCUGCUGCCAGUGGUCAAAGCCUCCAGAGCUGCUCUGCUGUCAGGCUGUGGAGUCACAGAGGAAGUCUGUGCUUCUCUGGUCUCAGCUCUGGAGUCAAACCCCUCACACCUGAGAGAGCUGGAUCUGAGUAACAAUGACCUGAAGGAUUCAGGAGUGAAGCUGCUCUCUGCUGGACUGGGGAAUCCCCACUGUAAACUGGAGACUCUGAGGCUGUCAGGCUGUCUAGUCACAGAGGAAGGCUGUGCUUCUCUGGUCUCAGCUCUGAGGUCAAACCCCUCACACCUGAGAGAGCUGGACCUGAGCUACAAUCACCCAGGAGACUCAGGAGUCAGACUGCUCUCUGCUGGACUGGAGGAUCCACACUGCAGACUGGAGAAACUCAAUGUGGAACAUGGUGGAGAGAACAGAAUGAAACCUGGACUUAGAAAAUAUGUCUGUGAUCUCACACUGGACCUAAACACAGUAAACAGACGCCUCUCUCUGUCUGAGGAGAACAGAAAGGUGACAGGGAGGAGAGAGAAGCAGCCGUAUCCUGAUCACCCAGAGAGAUUUGAGGACUGGAAACAGGUGCUGUGUAGAGAGGGUCUGACUGGGCGCUGUUACUGGGAGGUAGAGUGGAGUGGGGGAGGGGCUGAUAUAGGAGUGACAUAUAAAGGAAUCAGCAGGAUAGGAGUGGGUAGGGACUGUUGUCUUGGACGGAAUGACAAGUCCUGGAGUCUGUUCUGCUCUGAAUACCGUUACAUUGCCAGGCACAAUAAUAAUCCCACUACCAUAGACGUCCGCCCCUCCAGCUCCCAAAGAGUAGGAGUGUAUCUGGACUGGCCAGCCGGCACUCUGUCCUUCUAUAGAGCCUCCUCUGACACACUGACCCACCUGAUCACAUUCACCUCCACAUUCACUGAGCCCCUCUAUCCAGGGUUUUGGGUUUAUUAUGGCUCCUCAGUGUCCCUGAAAUAAUAACCUGACACACACACACACACACACUGGACAGACACAUACAGGACACACACACACACAGGACACACACACACACACACUGGACAACCAAACACACACACUGGACUAACACACACACACUGGAAAAACACACACUGGACACACAGGACACACACACAUAUGCGCAUCUUCCUAUAAUUGUGAGGACCUUGACCCAGGACCUCUUACAAUAACACUGUUAAAAUAUCAAUGUGAUCAUUUGUUGUCUUUUAUGUUGAAUAACAAAUUGUACAACUAUAUAUGGACAAAUGCUCCAUAGUUGUACAAGUAUACAAGGAUAUAUUGUACUUUUCAUAAUAAAACAUACUUGAAACAAGAACAGCAUGUUAA